AGACUGGAGGUUUCAUUCAUCAUUAGAUUUAGUGACAACAUGUGCAAGCUCAGUCUAAUUACAGGUCUCUGUUUGAUCUUCGCCAGCUUUGCCUCCUCCUCCAGGCUGGUGUGUUACUACAACAGCGAGGCUGACAAUAGAGGGGGAGAUGGGAAGUUCACAAUUGCAAAUAUCGAUCCAAACAAGUGCACACAUCUGAUAUAUGCCUUUUCCGACAUUAACAAUGGGAAUGAGCUGGUGCCGAGCACUGAAGCUGACUUACAACGCUAUACGGCAUUCCGUCAGCUCAAACUCAGCAAUCCACAGCUCAAAACCCUGUUGGCGGUUGGAGGCUUGGCCUUCAACACACAGAAAUUCAGUACAAUGGUGGCACAACAACAGACUAGAUCCACGUUCAUCCAGUCUGCGAUCCAACUACUGAGAGCAAAUGGGUUUGAUGGGCUGAACCUUGACUGGAGGUACCCUGGAGGAGCUGGAAGCCAACCUCAGGACAAGCAGAGAUUCACACUGCUGUGCAAGGAGCUCAACGAGGCCUUUGUGGCUGAAGGAACAUUAACUAAACGUGCCAGAUUAAUCAUAACUGCUAGUGUCUCUGCUGAGAAAGCAAUCAUCGAUGCCAGUUAUGAAGUCACGGAGAUUGCCAAGCAUCUGGAUUUCAUGAAUGUGUUGACAUUUGACUUCCACGGCCCCUGGGAAAGUGUCACAGGACAUCACAGCCCCUUAUUCCAGAGAGCCCAAGACACUGGAAACCAAACCUACUUGAACACUGACUUUGCCAUGCGGUACUGGCAGAACCAGGGAGGACCUCCACAAAAGCUAAACUUGGGGUUAGCUGCAUAUGGGCGUGCUUUUGACCUGUCCACUGCAUCCACUGCUCCUGGUGCACCAGCCAGUGGUCCUGGGGAAGAAGGCUGCUACACCGGGGAAGAAGGAUUCUGGGCCGUGUAUGAGACUUGUCUUUAUAUUGAAGGGGUUGAUAUCCAACUGAUUGCUGAUCAGAAAGUUCCAUAUGCAGUCACAGAAAACCAGUGGGUUGGAUUUGACAACAAAGACAGUCUUGAUACUAAGGUCACUUACCUAAAAACUAAUAACCUUGGAGGAGCCUUCGUCUGGUCUCUGGACCUGGACGACACCUCAGGACAGUUCUGUAAAAUAGGAAAAUGCCCGUUCAUCAGCCACCUGCAUACCCUCCUGGUUCCAGAUUUUCCUAGCAUCACCACAACUACUGCCCCAACCACCACAACUCGCCCUACCACGACAACUCCCCCAACCACGACAACUCGCCCUACCACCACAACUCGCCCUACCACGACAACUCCCCCUACCACGACAACUCUCCCUGCCACGACAACUCUCCCUACCACGACAACUCUCCCUGCCACGACAACUCCCCCUACCACGACAACUCCCCCAACCACGACAACUCCCCCAACCACCACAACUCGCCCUACCACCACAACUCCCCCUACCACGACAACUCCCCCUACCACGACAACUCUCCCUACCACGACAACUCCCCCUACCACCACAACUCCCCUACCGACACUCCACCUCCCACCACGACAACUCCCCCUACCACGACAACUCCCCCUACCACCACAACUCCCCCUACCACGACAACUCCCCCUACCACGACAACUCCCCCUACCACGACAACUCGCCCUACCACGACAACUCCCUCAACCACAACUCCCCUACCACCACAACUCCCCUACCACGACAACUCCCUACCACAACAACUCCCCCAACCACGACAACUCCCCCUACCACGACAACUCCCCCUACCACCACAACUCCCCCUACCACCACAACUCCCCCUACCACGACAACUCGCCCUACCACGACAACUCCACCUACAACGACAACUCCCCCAACAACCACAACUCCCCCAACCACAACAACUCGCCCUACCACAACAACUCCCCCAACCACGACAACUCCCCCUACCACAACUCCCCCUACCACCACAACUCCCCCUACCACAACAACUCGCCCUACCACGACAACUCGCCCUACCACGACAACUCCCCCUACCACAACAACUAG